AUGACGAACCCAACCGGACCACGUUCUGAAAUCCAUGUCCCACGAAGCCGAACCACCACUGGAGUCUCGACUGAAUCAACCCCUGUAACUACCUCCCUCCCGCUCGGUACGACCAUUGCUCAAACUACCGCUCCCCUGACUUUUGGCUCGCUGCCCCCUCUGACUCGAGUAAUUGCAACCGUCACCGACGCCGGCACGCAUUACUCAACCGUCACAACAACCACUCGUGGAGGCACGGGUGAUGACUAUGUGCACGUAACUGAUUACGACUCCUCUGAGUCGGAGCAAGAGCGUGAUACCCCCCCUCGAAGGAGAAGAGAUACCGAUCAUACUCGGCACCGUCGACGCCGCCAUAGGCAGGAGGCUAAUGAGCUCCGUGGAGCAACGAACCAAGCCUAUGAGGAUCGAAUCCGUGCUUAUGAGGAGGAAAUUGCACGAUUAAAAAGGGACCAGGCAAGGUUGCCGCCUCCGGAACCAAGAGAUGAAAACCCCCGUCAGAAUGUCAUGAAUCAGAUUCACUUGUUACCCGCGGGCGAUCCUGAUAACCCUGUUCCGCCUUUCACCCAGGAAAUUAUGGGUGCAAGGAUUUCAAGAAAAUUCAAGCUCCCAACCAUAAAAGCUUAUGAUGGCACGGGUGAUCCCGCUAACCACGUUCGAACAUUCAUGAACGCUCUGUUACUCCAACCUGUCACGGAAGCGAUCAAGUGCCGCGCUUUUCCUCAAAUCUUGAGUGGAAUGGCCCAACAUUGGUAUAGUCGCCUACCCCCUAAUUCUAUCUCUUGUUUUGCUGACUUGAGCAGGGCCUUCAUAGGACAAUUCGUUGGAAGUAAAACUCACGCCAAAAGCUCCGCCUCAUUAAUGAAUUUACACCAGGGUAAAAACGAAUCACUCCGGGAGUAUAUGAAUCGUUUUACCAAAGAGGCCUUGAAGGUCCCGGACCUAGAUCAGAAGGUAGCCAUUAUUGCACUCCAGCAAGGGCCGAACGCUAACUUUAAGAAAUGUGGGAAUGACGCCGAGUAUAACGCUGAGAAUAAGUAUGCCAAAAAGGAUGAUGAUGAGAAGUCCCCUGCUAAAAAGAAGGUAGGACCAAGGUUCACUGAAUAUGCUAGACUCAAUGCCCCAAGAAGUCAAAUCCUAAUGGAGAUCGAAAAGGAUGAGAGUGUCCGAUGGCCGAAGCCCAUAAGGACUGACCCCGAGAAACGAAACAAGGAUUUGUAUUGUCGAUUCCACAAAGACACGGGGCAUAAAACCGAUGAUUGUCGGCAGCUAAAAGAUGAAAUUGAAUUCUUGAUCCGAAGAGGCAAGUUGUCCAAGUUCACCAAGGCUGGAGACAAAAGUUAUCGGGACAAUGACAACUGUGGAAGAGACAACGAUGACAAGAGAAGUCAGCCUCGAGGGCCUGUUAUUAAUGUGAUCUCCGGAGGGCCUACAGCCGCAGGUACUUCCAGUAACUCGAGGAAGGCUUAUGCAAGAGAAGUAAUGUGUAUAGUUGGAGAACCCCCGAAGCGGGCAAAAAUUGACUAUGCAAUGGCCUUCGAUAACGUCGACCUCGAGAAGGUAAAGUUCCCCCAUGAUGACCCCUUAGUAAUUACACCAGUGAUUGGAAACUCGUCCGUAAAGAGAGUGCUCAUUGAUAAUGGAGCCUCGGUGGAUAUCUUGUUCUAUGAUGCCUAUGAAAAGAUGGGAUACUCCGAUACUUAA